GAAGUAGGAGGUAGACCUACGACAUAAGAGUACCUCUAGUACGGUUAUUGACCGGAUGCGGACGUUAAUAACCACGAGGAGGAUACACUGAUUUGUUCAACGGAUAAUACUUUUAUAACAAAUUAAAACCCAUGUACAGAAUAAUACGUUUAUUAUAAUUAAUAUCUGUACAAUUACAUAAACAUACAUGUAUUAUUCUCUUCAGCGUUACUCAAUAAGACCGACACCAAUUAUUCUCAUUACCGUUCUCGGCUCGAAGCACUGGACGGGUUUAGGAAUAGUAGCAUCAGAUCACAAGAGCCAACACUGGGCAACUUUUGGUAGCCCAGCUUCUUCUAUAUAUAUUGAUCGGAUACGUAACUCAUCUGCGAGAAGCGUUCCGGCGCAGUACGUAGCGGUUCCCUGCACGCCCCCUACCCACUACAUUGCCCCCCGAGCCGUCCAAGGGGUCACCUUGAAUCGGCGCGGAAACCACGCAGCGGGGGAAGGGGGGUGCCACCGAUCCUACUUUUCAAUCAGAGGCCGGAUAGCCAAAGAUUUACAAGUAGGGCGUACUUUCCCUAGACCAAUUUUUACAACAAAUAUCGAAAGAUGGAGAGACUCGGUUCAAAGAACCCCCUACUUUAAUUCUAAUUUCAUUAAAACAAUAAAAAAUUCUUAAUACUAAGUAUAAAAUAACAAAAAAUUGGCAAAAACGCCGGUCAAAAAAAUAAAAAACAUUACAACAUAGUUAAAAAUAUCGACCGUACACAGCGCUAUAGUAGCGUCACGAUUACAAAAAAAUAGAAGUUGGCAGCAGUGGCCGAAAAUCAACAACAACAGCGUCGUGUUUGUAAACACGACGAUAAAAAAUGGUUGACAAUUCCAAAAUUUACAAUUUUUUAUCAAAUUUUGAGUUUUUUACCCUACAAAUUCUCGCUUAAAUGCGGUAACUGCAAAGGACGAUGUUGUCGACGAUGUUUUUCGACGCUGGAUACGAUGACCGGCCACUCAACCGCAUAUUUCAGGAUGACUCAUCUCACUACUCAUUGCUGCUGGUAUUUUAUCAAUGGUGAUAAUUUCCAUAGUUCAAUUUGGAACCGAAGACUUUUCUCAAUUUGUUUGAAUUGAAUUUUGAUUUUUGCUCGGUAUCUACGGUUGCUUUGGUCGAACGUUACGAUGAAAUGAUUUUGGAUUUUGCCUUUUUCUUCUUCGAGCGUUUUUGCGAGGUGUUUUUUUUUUUUUUUACGCAUAAAUAACAGGAGUUUUUCUAGCACGAAAUCCGCCGGAAAUACUUCGACCUUGUGCCUUGCUGGAAUUGUUCGCUGCGAUAAUACCGUGAAAGAACGGUUAAUUAUUGUCACCACAUUCACCGUCACCGGAGGUGUAAUGACGUGCACCCGUACCAUUUCUUGGUCUGAAACAGAAAACACAUUCAUCGUUCUGCGAGGUCUUCUUGACCUGCGUGAUACACGAUUUGGGUAGCUCGACCCCCGAAGGUACUCGGCAUAGUUUUGUGGCGGUUGAUUGUACGAUUCGCAAUAUUGGUCAGGUGGAUACCGAUUGCCUGCAUUUUGCUGAUAGGUUUGAUGGUUGGUUUGUUGGCGAUUGGGCUGUCUGAACCUGUUGCCCAUGUUCGGCUUGAACUUUCGCUUCAGUGGUCGUUGACCUUGCCCCCUGGGCAUUUGGUGCCUUUGUUUUGGCUUUGGGUGAUCGUAUUUCGGUGGCUGUCGCUAGCCGAGUUAUUUUCCGAAGAUUCUGACGAUGGAGCCAACUUUUUUCCGGUAGCCAAUUCGAGCUCUCGAAAUAAAUAUUCGACUAAGUCGUUGGAAGAUGAAGUGAAACUUGGUGGCGAAUACCCUGACGACGAUUUCACCGGUCGCUGUUGUAUUUUAUCAUCGUCGGAGUCGAACAAUGAUUCGACAUGUUUGUUCUGGUUUGCAGUUAACGACGGCGAGACAUUUUUGGCAGAUACCUUCGGCAGUGGUGCUGGUGACUUCGGAGGUUUAGCAGUUUUGGCGGUUGCUUUUGUCGUUGGUUCGGAUUUUUUCUCGGUGGCUUUCGAUUGUUUCUCGUUGCGCUUCGCUUUUUUGGUGCGCUUAGACUUCUUUUUAGUUGAUUUGGGUGAGUUUGGUUUUGUUUUCUUUGAAGAUUUUUUCACUUUCUUAGAUAUUUUACGUUUUUUCACCGGUGACGCUAAUUUAGAUUUGUUUUUACGUUUUUUCAGAGGAGAGGUACCGAUGAUUUUAGGUAUUUUAAACUCAGAAAUCUUACCUUCGUUCUCGACGACGGGUAUCUCUUCGAAAGAAGUACCAGCGAUUUGCGUCGAAUGGCGGCGGAUCGGCGGCGAAUUUUGGGGCGAAUCGUCGGUCUCGGAUUUCAAAAGCUUGUCUUCGAGUUGCUUGGCUGCUAUCUCGUCGGUUUCAUCUGGCUCGGAUAAUGAUGUCGAGCUUGGAGAUUUCGACGGUGACGACGACGAUCGGUUCGACGAAGAGGACGACGACGAUGAUGACGACGACGACGAACUCGACGAAGAAGAAGAAGAAGAAGAAGAAGACGACGAUUCCGAGUCAGCUUUUUUAGACUCUUGAUACGGUGACGGUGAUUUUUCCCGUUCAUUUACCGGCGAUACAUUUAACGAUUGGUUAUUGUUCGAUUCGUCGUCCAUACUAGCAACAGAAAAUUACAAGCCACCUUUUAUCGAUCACGUUUUAUUUGAAUUAACACGUAGGAUUGGAACCCAAUUUGGCGAGCACGUUUUCACGAUGCAGAUUUCGGUGGUGAGCAAUUUUUCACGCUUUUUCCGCGAGGAAGAAUCACUUUUAUUACUCAGAGCAUUGGGGAAAUAAUAUGUUCGUUCGAAGAUGGUGGCUAGCCUGGCACUGCCAAGAUGACCAUACCAGUGAUGCAGAUAGUUCACCACUUCAGCAAACAAAUUUUCAGGCAUGAACUGACAAACAUGACGAUGUUGUCUCGGUUUUCAUCGUCCUUUUGGUAGAUGACCGCAUUCACCGUGUCAUUGUCGUGGGCCACUUCAAUGAAGAAUUCGCGAUCUGGAUCUGGAGCAAUUCCGCAGAAUUUGCUGAUUUUUGGUCAGCUGGAAGAUCGCUGCUGGUAUUGCUGUCAACUUGGGUUUUUUCAACUUCAGCUACUAGUACUUGUUGAGGUGACUCGGAUAUAUUAUCGGUUUGUACUGCCUUAUUCGAUGUUUUGUUAUUGGUUUGCUUCUUUUUUUCUUUUUCAGCUGCUUCGAACUCUUCCAUGCAUUUUGUGAAUGAAAAUGGUUCGUUUGUUUGCUGCCGGGUGGAAUUUGCCACUCCUGAAUUGGCCACUGGAAUUGAAGACGUCGGCUGUUCAACUGAAUCGAUCGGUGGUGUUAUUACUAUUUUAGGUGUAUUUGAUACGCUCGUUUGAGUUGCAAUAUUAUUUUGUGCAUUUUUAUCGACGUGUUUUUCGCUUGAUUUUGCAUUUUGUUGUUGUUGUCUUUCCAUGUAUUCCCCUCCUUGGUCCUUGUAUUUUGAAUUUUCGAAAAUUUGCGUCUUGGAGUUUAGGGUCGUAGCAUUUUUUGGAACUACUUUUUUCGAAUUUUUAAAUUUUUUAUUUUUAUUCUUUUUUCUUCGAUUUUGGGAGUCUAACUUCGCGAGUAAAAUUUCAUAAUCGAUUUGUUCGAUCUCUCGACCCUCGAUAAUUUGUUCUACUUCGCGAACCAUUGCUACGUGGCAUGGUUUUAACAUGUAUUUUUUCAUAGGUGGUUUAUUUGAUCGAUGAUUUUUCUCAAAUAGGUGCCUAUUAAUUUUUACGUUUCCAAAUUCGGUUUUUUCGAUCGCGUUAGCUUGAUUUUUACGAAGGAAAAUGUCAGCUUGAGAUGUUAGGAGGUGGGUUUUUGUAAUUUGAGUGAUUUUUUGAAACAAUCUGCGCAAAGCAAGAUAUCUUUUCAACGUUUUCGCGUUUUUUCUCUCUUUUACAUAGGGUAACAGUAUAGGAAAAUUAACAUAGAUGUUUUCACCGCCAUUUUCGCGUAUAUGGUCGAUAAUAUCGACCAUAUAUUCUUCAAUGUAGGCGAAGGGGGCGAAGAGAUCGUUGACUUCGUCCUCCCCAAUCGAUAAAAUUACAUUUUUGUUGAAAUUUUUCAUUUUCUUAAUAUGCAGCCAAUGCUGCUCAAUUGUUCGGUUGUUUGAAAUUCGAUUUGCCACUGCGCCUUCUCCUAUUCGGUCGUAUAUUUCAUUUUUUAUUUUAUACGUCCUACCCCCACCUCUCGUUGCAGUCUUUUUGACCACAUACAUCGUCAAUUUCCGUUUUUUGAGCCCCCAGGCUUAGAAUUUUGAUAAAACAGUUGCUCUGGGGUUGGUUGGGGAAUUGAUUGGGAGUUUGGUGCUUGAGGUGGUUGAUUUUGGGGGGUACCAUUUUGUAUAUUUUGAAUGCUUAAAUCGCCUCUAACACCUUGACCGGUUGAAUUGAAUUUUGGAGGGGGUUUUCUCCAUUGUGUAUCCGGUACAUACGAUCCAUAAUUUCCUCUUCCUCGAUAGUUAAAAUUUCUAACUCGUACCUCGUGGAAAUUGGGUAUAAAAUUUUUACCUUUGUAAUUUGAAACUCUUGGUUUCUCUUGUUGAAUUUCUCUGGCUUCUUCUGUUACUUGGGGGUCAGUUUUUUGAUGGAAAUUUGUAUGUACGUACUUCGUAGAAUGAACGUACAUAGCUAGAUAUUCAUCAGUCACUGAUUUCUUUGCCACAGUAAGUUUCUUCACGAGGUCUUCCUUAGUAUUCAACUCUUCGAGGUUCAUUUUAUUUUGGAUUGCAUGGGGGAUUUUUUCGAGAAUUUUAUCAAUGAUUUGCUCGGCUGUUAGUUUGGUAGCCGCUAACGUAUCAUACCACAUAGAAAAAUAUUCGAUAUAGUCGGCCAUUGUUUUUAUUUUUUCGACAUUAUCGGUUCUAAAGUACUCAAUGGCGGAUUGUUUCGCCGUUUGGUCCCAAUAUAGAUUUAAAAAUUGCGGUAUUAAUUUUUCUAAUUCUUCCCCUUCUUGAAUUUUGGUUUCCCAAGCUUGUGUUUUAUACUCUACACAAGAAAUAAAUAACAUGCGACGAUUUACAGGGCUUAGGUUUUGCUCAAUCUCUUUUGUUUGAAAUUGUUUAACAAAUCUGACCGGAUGGUGUAUCAUUUUCUGAGUGAACAUCGUAGCACUUUUUCUGAAAAGUUCAAUAAAGACCAAUUCAGAUGAAGAUUUCUCUCCUCCUGCCUGUGCCACUCUCGCUUCAGCACCUUUCAACAAGAUAUCUACGGUCUUUUUCAUUUCUUGUUCAUUGUUUUGCCACAUAGUAGUACUUUCAGUUUUUAAUUCGUCGAUGAUAGAAUUUUUAAAAGAUACUAUUGCUUCGCCUACGUCUUUAUUCGUUUCAGUACACCAUUUUCCCAUUAAUUCGUUGACAGAUUUAUCAACCGAAGAUUCCAACUCUUUCACUUUUUCAUUGUGUUUUGCUAGAUAGGUAGCUUCGAUUUCUUUUACCUUCUCAUCUAAUUUGGUCUUAUAAUUAGUCUCUAGCUCAGUUGCUUUAUCUUCGAAUUGCUUCUUAAUCUGGUCUUCGAUUAAUGUUUUAAAAUCACUAAACUCCUGUUGAGAAACCAUUUUGAUUUUAUUUUUUCUGGUUUUUCUAUGUAUAGGUAGCGAUUUAUCAAUCAAAAGAUUACUACGGUGCCUACGAAUUUGUGGUGGAGUGAUUCUAGCAGGACUUGAAUCUUCCACUAAAAAACGACGCGGGGUAUUAUUUUUAUCCGUUUUUGAUUAAUUUUUUAAUUGUUCAAUUUCAAGAAUAAAUUCUUGUUCGGAUA